AUGGAAUGGAUACAUCCAAUGCCCAAGAUCGAGCUGCAUGCUCAUCUCAACGGCUCCAUCAGAGACUCCACUCUUCUAGAGCUUGCUAGGGUUCUUGGUGAGAAAGGGGUUGUAGUAUUCUCUGAUGUUGAAGAUGUCAUUCAGAAAAAUGAUCGGUCUUUGGCUAGACUAAGGAAUUAUCUCAUCUUCUCUUUUGUCAAGGUUAUAGAAGACUUUGCUUUAGAAAAUGUGGUUUAUCUCGAGUUAAGAACAACUCCAAAGGUAACACAAUCUUUUGCAUUCUCUUUCAAGGUUAAGCUCGCUUUGGAGAUGAGAAAUGUCGGUGUUGUUGGUAUUGAUCUCUCUGGGAAGCCUCUUGUUGGAGAAUGGUAA